CGCAUGAGUGUUGAAUUGAGCUCGACCUGUUACAAUACAGAGAAAAAUAAUCGGCGUGGCGCCUUUUAGUAGCAAAUAACGUCACACAAUGGAGAGACUAAAAUGGACUGGUGUCGUUCUGUCACUGCUCCUGUCAUUGACCCAUGGAUUCUACGUGCCUGGAGUAGCUCCAGUGGAAUUCAAGAGGUCCCAGAAGAUUGACGUAAAAGCUGUCAAGAUGACCAGUACCCACACACAAUUGCCGUAUGAAUACUACUCACUUCCCUUCUGUUUACCAAAGAAUGGAACUUUCGUUUACAAAUCGGAGAACCUGGGUGAAGUCCUCCGAGGCGAUCGAAUUGUCACAACCUCAUACGAGGUAGCAAUGGGGGAGAACAUCCCCUGCAGACUUCUCUGCCACUCACCGAAGAAUCCCAUGACGUGGACUGAGGACGAAUCCAAACGAGUCAUUGAGAGAAUUAAACACGAGUACACUGUUCAUCUGCUCAUUGAUAAUCUCCCAGCGGCUACCAAGAAGAUUCAUAAGGACGACAGUGUCAUUGUUUAUCAUGGGUACAGGCUUGGGGAGGUCCUGGGUGACCAAGUUUAUAUUAAUAAUUAUCUUAAACUCAAGCUGAGUUAUCAUAAACAUGGAGAAAAUGAAUUUCGAGUGGUGGGCUUUGAGGUGGAAGCACGAUCAGUGGACUACACUCAACUGGAGUUCGAGGGGAACAACUGUCAGCCACCAGGGCAAAUCAAUCCCCAGUUCGUUAACCCCAGGGGCACGCGACUCCUUUUCCUGUACUCCGUCGAGUGGACAGAAUCAGACGUCAGUUGGGCAAGCAGAUGGGAUAUUUAUCUGGGCAUGAGUGACGUUGAGAUUCACUGGUUCUCGAUAAUAAAUUCGGUGGCAGUGGUGGUUUUCCUCUCCGGAAUUCUCACGAUGAUUAUGGUGAGGACCCUGCGAAGGGAUAUUGCUCGUUACAACGCUGGGGAGAGUGAUUCCCUGGCUGGGCUCGACGAGUCCAUCGAGGAGACUGGCUGGAAACUGGUGCAUGGAGAUGUCUUUCGACCCCCCACAAACUCCAGGUUUUUUGCAGCUGUCAUUGGCAGUGGAAUCCAGAUAUUUUUCAUGGCUCUAAUUACGAUAUUCUUUGCCAUGUUGGGGAUGCUCUCCCCUGCGAGUCGGGGGGCUCUUGCCACCUGUGCCAUUUUCCUGUACGUUUUCUCAGGGCUCGUCGCUGGUUACUUCUCAGCUAGACUUUACAAAACCAUGAGGGGCAGGGAGUGGAAGAGAGCGGCAUUUCUCACUGCCACGCUCUACCCUGGCAUUGUUUUCACCACCUGCUUCUUCUUGAAUUUCUUCAUCUGGGGAAAACACAGCUCUGGGGCUGUCCCUUUCACCACAAUGUUGGCACUCCUCUGUCUCUGGUUUGGCAUUUCCCUGCCUCUGGUUUAUCUCGGAUAUUUCUUUGGCUACAGAAAACAACCGUUUACGCAUCCUGUUAGGACGAAUCAGAUUCCCAGACAAGUGCCCGAUCAAUUGUGGUACAUGAAUCCAAUAUUAUGUACAUUGAUGGCAGGGAUUCUGCCGUUUGGGGCUGUUUUCAUCGAAUUAUUUUUCAUUCUGAAUGCACUCUGGGAGAAUCAGUUUUAUUACCUGUUUGGCUUCCUCUUUUUGGUCUUCUGCAUUCUCGUCAUAUCGUGUUCACAGAUAUCAAUCGUUAUGGUUUAUUUCCAGUUGUGUGGAGAGGAUUACAGAUGGUGGUGGAGGAGUUUCAUAGUGGGUGGGGGUUCCGCAGUGUACGUGCUGGCAUAUUCAGUAUUCUACUUCAUGACGAAACUUGAAAUAACCGAGUUAGUGCCAACACUUAUGUACUUCGGUUACACAACACUCAUGGUGCUUACAUUCUGGCUAUUGACUGGAACUAUCGGUUUUUUCGCUGCUUACGCAUUUAUUCGUAAGAUCUACGCAGCUGUGAAAAUCGACUAGUCAAAAAGACCAUCAAGUGAGAAUUCUUGUAAGAUUCCUAUUCCUUUUUUUAUUUUUUAAUCAAUCUCUAUCGUCAAUCGUGUUGAGAAUGGAGGCCAGAGUUAAUCCAGCCGGACUAUUUAUUUUUUCGGUGACUGGGACUAUUCCAAAUGAAAGAGGUAAAAUCAUAUAAGGGAGAUAAGCUGAUUAUAUUAGACUAUCGAAUGCCAGAGUGUAGGGACUUCGUUAACAUUAUAUUUUGUAAAAUAAUAAUUUUUUAUGAAUAAAUAUUUGUAUGUGUGCGAUGCUCUGAUUAAUUGGAGCUGAGAGAAUGUGGGGUAAAAUAGUGGAAUUUUUGGCUAUUUAAAUCUGAGAAUUUCAAGUUGAAAUUGCACUUUAUCACUGGGAAAUUAAAUUCCUGGGAGAGAAGAAUAACAUGUCUGCAUCGAGUACUUACUACUCCCAUAACUCGAGUCGUGUAAGCCACAUUCAAUCAUCGAAUGAAUGAAAAUAAAAAGUAUUUAGAGUUA